UGACAGAAAACAUAUUGGAGGAUCUUCCCUCUUCAAUUGGAAAGCUGGAAAAUCUCUCUGUUUUUAAUGUAGACAGAAAUCAACUUCAGGCUUUGCCUGUUGAGAUUGGCAAUUGUACAAAGUUAUCGGUGUUUUCAUUGAGGGAAAAUUGUCUGACCAGCAUACCUUCUGAAAUUGGAAAUUGUGUUAAUCUUCAUGUGUUAGAUGUCUCUGGCAACAGACUUGAGAAUUUACCAUUGACAAUUGGCUCGCUACCUCUUAAAGCAUUAUGGCUUGCUGAAAAUCAAUCAAAGCCAAUAUUAAAGUUACAAACAGAAGAGGACGAGAGGACAAAAGCCAAAGUAUUGACAUGUUUCUUUUACCACAAACUGAGUCGAACUUUGAUAUGGAAUUUUAUGAUGACGGGGAAAAUCGCUAUGAUCUCGAUUAUCAACCACGUGACAAGCCGAUGGAAAUUGGAUUUGUCAAUGAACAUGUAACUUUCACCGAUGAGGAAUCGGAUCAUGACGAUGAACGGCUGGGGGAUUUUGUUCGCCACGACACUCCUCAUCCUAAGGAAUUGAAAGGACGACAUCCUAAAAUAUUUUCUCAUAAACCGAGAUCAGAUUCAUUGAACUCUGACGAAGAAAGAAGAAGAUCAAAAGGUUUUGAAUCUGGGUCCGAUACAGAGCACGAAAGUAAAAGUAAAUUUGAACCAGGUUCAUUGAUGUCUAAAGCUACAGUAGGGCGACAAAUUGAACCGGUGGCAAAGGAGAAGGAAGAAAUAAUACUGAAUUCAAAAUCGGAAGUGAAGAAUCUAGAAAAUGUACCUUUUGAUGACGAUGAUGUUAAUAAUGAGGAAGCAGGACGCUCUAGCGAAGAUGAAGAAGUUAAUUCAAAAUCUGUUGGUUUUCUUGUCGAUGAAGAAGAUGGGCCUGUUGAACGACACGAUAAACUAAAAAGAACAAACACACCACAUUAUACUAAAGGCAAAAGACUUUACCCUGAUACCGAAGGAGUGCAGGAAAAAUUUUAUCAAAUCAUGGCAAAAGUGGGUCAGAAGGAUUUAAAUGAAGAAGAGAACUCAGAUGAUCAAAGGUUUCUUCACGUUUUCUGUUACCUUCAGGAGAGUGGAAAUGAUGAAGAUAACUUCGAAGUCGAUGAAGAUUCAUCCCAUGUUAACGGUAUUAACGGUUUGAAUUCGGAGAAAAACGACAACCAUCAAUAUGGCGCCGUCACAACAACAGUCGAGGAGAUAAUGUACACACUUAUUAGAAACGGUGAUGGUCUUGGUAUAAACAUUGCUGGUGGUAAAGGCUCGACACCAUAUCGAGAUAAUGAUGAGAGUAUCUUUAUAUCAAAAAUUAACGAGAAAGGACCUGUGGGUCGUGAUGGUGUCUUGCAACCUGGGGACAAGAUAAUAUCGGUUGAUGGUGUGGACCUCAGUAAGGCGACCCAUGCUGAAGCUGUUCAGGUGCUUAGUACUGCCGGAGAUACAGUUAAAAUGUUUAUUGAACGAGUGACUGAAGGAUUUGUUAAACUUGAUACAAUGAAAAGCGAAGAAAAAUCAAAGACUGAGGACACUGAGACGUCUAGCAAACCGACGAAAGAUUCGAAAAAGUCUGGAGUGAGAUUUGCAGCGGAACCGGAAAUGGAAGAAAUUGAGACUGCGACUGAGAAAGAAACAAUCGUUUUAAAACGAGACAGCAAAGGAUUGGGGUUUAGUAUUGCUGGUGGACAAGGUUCGACCCCUUACAAAGGCAAUGAUCAGGCAAUAUACAUAUCAAAGAUUGCUCCAGGUGGGACUGCUGGAUUGGAUAGAAGGUUGCGUGUCGGUGAUCGAGUUUUAUCGAUCAACGGCAAGUCAGUUGAAAACGCCAGUCAUGAAGAAGCUGUCUCUCUAUUAACGUCAAGUUUUCCCUCGGUGACCCUAAUUGUCUCUCGUGAACGAGUUCUUGAGAAGCGUAUGACACCUCUUUCUAAACAUCGCGAGGAAUCCAUGAUAAACAAACGAAUUGCUGAGAAAGAGAUGAUACAAGAUGCGAUGAUAAAGGCCUCUGCUGAGGAGGCAAAUCAUGUCAAUGAAGGUAGUGACGAAGAACAAAAUGGUCCAAAAGUAGAGAGGAUAGAAUUAAAGAAGGGAAAUGGACCGCUGGGAUUUAGUGUCGUGGGCGGCUCUGAUCAUACCUGUCAUCCAUUUGGAAUGGAUGAAUCUGGUCUAUUUAUUUCUAAAAUUGCUCCAAAUGGGGCUGCGUCCAACACAAACCUACGUGUCGGUGAUCGCAUUUUAGCCGUCAAUGGUAAAGAUAUGACUCGAUCAACACACCAUGAUGCAGUUACAGCUCUCAUAUCAAAUGUCAACUCCAUCAAAUUACUCGUACGUCAUGACCCUCCACCCCCCGGUUUAAUGGAAAUAACAAUUAUGAAGUAUCCAGGAGAGAAACUAGGUAUCAGUAUACGAGGGGGUGCCAAGGGACAUCCUGGUAACCCGUUGGAUCCUAAGGACGAAGGCAUAUUUAUAUCUAAGGUCAACGAAAGUGGUGCAGCGGCAAAAGACAAGAGACUUCAUGUUGGUCAGAGAAUACUUGAGGUAAAUGGUACCAGUUUACUUGGUGCCACUCACAUGGAAGCCGUUCGUUCAUUACGUAGUGUGGGUGAUCGUCUUGCUUUGGUUGUAGCUGAUGGCUACGAUGUAUCAAAAUUAGAAGAACUCGUUGGUGUGAUUGCUAAUCCUCUUGCAGCUGCGGAUAGUUUAGGUUCCCCUGAUGAAAGUAGGCAUUUCGGUUACGAUUCUGAUAGUAAUCGACUUAGUUUAAACGAGAAGGUCAUCUCUAACGACCGUACAAAGGAAGUGGCAAAUACAGAUAGUAAUAGACUUCCAGUGGAUACUGGGAUGAACUCCUCAGAAACGACUGUGUCAAAUCGCCAUCGUCCAAACUUCCAGCUUCCCUUGAACAACUCAUUUGAAUCGCCCGAGGAUACAAAUUCUGUCCCAUCUCCCUCAAGAUCUUCUACGGGAAGCGUCACACCAUCUGAGCAGCGUGCAUUAGAAGCUGAGAAGCGCGCAGCCUGGAGACAAGCGCGAAUGCGUGAACUUGAAGAAGACGCACUGAAGGCUCAAGUUGUUAUUGCACAAGUCAAAGCUAUGUCAGCUUCAUCACUUGAAGGAACUUUAUCGGACGAUGAUCGGAAACAUCCGACACCAGAUCAUUUGAAUAAUACCACUUCUACGAAGUUGACUGCUUAGCUUAAAUGAACCCAUUCGAUAAAUUACUCCUCUUCUACAACGCACCUCUCCUGUCGGGCUCAUGCAAGAUGUACAAAUGCUAACGUGGUCCCGAAUUUUUGUAUCUUAUUGUGGUAUGUUCGCAAUUUGUUUUAAAAAUAUAAUGCUCUACGACAAUGAGGACGGCAAUGCUGAACAAAGAAAAUGCAAGACAUAUUUUCAACAUGUAUUUAAUUAUUUACAAAGGAUGUUGAAUUACCAACGCGGAGACUAUGUCGCUCUGCCUUUUGGUUUUUAAGGGUACAUAUGAGGAUACACGCAGUAUUAUGUCAAUGUUUUUAUUGGAAAAUCAACAUAAUCGAAUGUUUUUAGCAUAAAUUCCGUCGUGACAGUUCACGGAGAAAGAUGGUUUUUGAGAUGAAACGAAUUAUAAUUGAUAUAUUUUUAUUUUUAACGUUUCGAAAUUGUAUCCGUAUUUCAAACAGUGUAUCGUAAUGUAUUUCAAUUUAUCUUGUUACCUACUACGCAUCUUUAGCAUAUGUAAAAAUAUAAAUAUCGUGAAUAUGUUAAUGCUUUAGUUUUAUGCCACAUAGCAUUUAGCUAGUUAAAUAAUUCUGGAUAAUUUUAGUCGUAUUUUAUAUUGUAUAAUAUUGAUGUACAAUUAUGAGACCAAUAAAAACUUUGGUCGUAUA